AUGGAUAUCGAGGAGCCAUGUAUUGGCAUGAAAUUUGACAAUGAAGAGAAUGUGUAUACUUUUUAUAAAAGUUAUGCUCAUAAACUUGGAUUUAGCAUAAGAAAACAAUAUGUGCAGCGUGUGGAUGGACAAAUUAAAAGAAGAACGUUUUGUUGUUCAAAACAAGGUCAAAAAGGAGUUGACAAAAGAUCCGAACAAGUGAAAUUUGAGCAUCCAAUUUCCCGAGUCAAUUGUUUAGCACAUAUGACGUGUCAACUAAAAUCGAACGGUAUGUUUGAAGUUAUUUCUUUUAAUGCAGAGCAUAGUCAUGAACUUACUCCUACACCAAUGAAACACAUGUUAAGAUCACAAAGACAAAUCACAUCAGCCCAUAAAGCUGUUGCUGAUGAUGCUGCAAAAGCUGGAUUAUCUACUAAGUCCACUAUUGAUUUACUAACUUCACAAAGUGGAGGUCGUGAAUUUAAUGGAUUUUUAGAUAGUGAUUUCAGAAAUUAUAUGUCUGCCAAGCGUAGAACAGAAAUGAUUAAAGGAGAUGGUCAUGCUAUUAUGGAUUAUUUUCAUAAGAUGCAAUUACAAGAUCCUUCUUAUUUCUAUUUGGUGCAACUUGAUGAUGAUGAUAAUUCCAUAUUAAAUGUGUUCUGGGCAGAUGGGAGAUCAAUUAUCGAUUACCAACAUUUUGGAGAUGUUUUAUGUUUUGAUACAACUUAUAGAACAAAUGAGUAUGCUAGGCCAUUUGCUCCAUUUGUUGGUAUUAAUCAACAUAAAAAAAGUAUAAUUUUUGGUGCAGCUUUACUAUAUGAUGAAACAAUGUCAUCAUUUAAAUGGUUGUUUGAGACUUUUCUCAGUGCAAUGUCUGGCAAGCAUCUCAGGACAAUAUUGACAGAUCAGUGCCCCGCAAUGGCCAAGGCAAUUGAAGAAGUAUUUUCUGAAGCUCAUCAUCGAUUAUGUGUGUGGCAUAUUUAUCAGAAUGCUGCUAAAAAUUUAAGUCAUGUUUUUCAUUCAUCGAAACAAUUUGCAUACGAUUUUAGCUCUUGUGUAUAUGAUUAUGAAAAGGAAGACAAAUGGCUUCAAGCUUGGGAUGAUAUGCUUAAUAAGUAUAUGCUUACUGAUAAUAAAUGGUGCAAUGGAAUUUUUGAAGUAAGGAAAAAAUGGGCUAUGGUAUAUGGACGACAUAUGUUGUUGUCAAAUAAACGAUAUGAGGAGUUGUUAAUAGAAUUCAAAAUGAGAGAAAGGGUUCCAGUUUUACAAGCUGACGUAGAGAUGUUAAGACAUGCCUCAAAAGUAUACACUCCGGCGGUGUUUAAGAUGUUUCAAGAUGAAUACAUGAAGAUUUUAGAUUGUAUUAUGUACAAAGUUGACAAGUCUGAACAUAUUACAAGUUAUAAAGUCCAAUGUGGUAGAAAAGAUCAAGAACAUUUGGUCACAUCAGAAGCAUCAACACAAUCAGUUAAGUGUAGUUGUAUGAAAUUUACUUUUGUGGGAAUCUUAUGCACACAUACUUUGAAAAUCCUUGAUAAGAAAAAUAUCAAAUAA